AUGAUGUGUGAUUUGUGUUGUAAACAAUUCAGAGGGUGGUGCAAGUCGUUUACAGCAACAGAAACUUUUUUGUCUAUUUUAGAAGCUGUACUUCUUGUGGUUGUUAUAACUUUUCUUACAUUUUUGAUACUUCACUUGUUAGUUUGCACCGAGAGAGACAAUAUUUUAGAUGUCACUAUUGUCACUAAAAUUGAUGAAGAAAUCACCCUAGCUUCAACUAGUACUGCUAGAGUUGAAACUGUUCCACCUCAUGUGACAUGUACUUUGGAUCAAUUACAGAAAACUGCUGCAAUGACUCAUUAUUAUGAAUAUAGCUGGACGCAGGCAAACAGCGUUUUUAUGGAAUAUAGUGACCAACCAGUUGAUACAUUGCUUCCUAUGUAUUUUGAAUAUCCACUAACAGAGGUUUUUUCAAAUGAUACUUUAAGUGAUAAUAGUAAAUUAGAUUUUUUUAAUGGAGUCGAGGCCACCCAGGAAAAACAAUUUAUUUUGGCUCUAGUGAGGAUCAGACCUCCUCAGGACAUAACAUUUGGCUGUAUUUUGACUAUAAUCACUGAAUUCUGGGUGUUGACAUCGGCCAGCUGCAUAGAAGCAAUAGAGGAAGUCGACUCAUUAGAUUCAUUUAUGAUGAUGGAAGGAUAUGGAGAGUUGAGAGAGGGAAGAAUGCACAUGGUGGAUGAUGUCAAUAUUCACCCAUGGUACCAAGGGGUCAACAGAAGCUACGACCUGGCAGCUUUAAGGAGCGAGGAUAGUCUCAUUGCAACAGGAGCGAGCACAGUUAUCCUGCCCACCAUGCUUGACUACUUUGUGGUUACUCUCGGAGAGAAGCUCACGAUCCUCGGAUACGGGAAAUACAGAACGAUAGACGAGAGUCCGGCGGGGCGGCGGUUACACAAGGCGGAAGUGUACAUACUGGCCGCGCGGCAGUGCCCGGAGCCGGAGGCGGGGCAGGUGCGGCACCUGGGGCGCGGGCGGCGCGGGCGGCGCGAGCGGCGCGGCUGGUGCGCGGCGCCGCGCCGCCGCCGCGCGCCGUGCCAGUACUGCGGCGGCGCGCCGCUGCUGGCCGGCGCGCGCCUGCUCGGCCUCAUGGCGCACUCGGCGCACUGCGGCCUCGCCUGCGACCCCGCGCUCUUCGUCAACGUGGCGCUGCUCACGGACUGGAUCGAUUCCGUUGUCCGCUCCCCUUAAAGCGCCUCGCCGAAAGUAAUAAACGACUCCGUAACAAAAAAUCUUGUUAAAUUUUUUAAUGAUACUUUUUCGAUAUUUUGUAUAGGUGUCGUGUUUCAUUUGUUCUGUCAUCGAGUGAGAAAAAUCUUGCACCAAGUAUCAAAAUAUACUAAAAUACAUGUUUAUUUAACAGUCUGAAAAUAAAGUUCGUUUCUAAAAUGGCGCGUUAUUCAAAUAAAGAACCGAAUCGAGACCUGUCAAUGUUUGACGUACGACAGCUGAAAUAUAAGCAAGUUAGAUAUUUAUCAAUUAUAAAUAACGUAAUCGUAUGAUCAUAAUAUAAAUCUGGCGUGUGUGCAUGUGUACCGUGCGGUGGUUAUAACGAGGCAGGGCGCUGCAUUAUGAACACGGCGGUGGUGGCGUGCUCGCUGCUGAUGGCGCUGUUGGUGGCGGGCACGGUGUCGGUGGCCGUCAUGCAGUUCGUCGCCGCCGCGCGGGGCGGGGGCGUCCACAACGAUGAUAACGGUUAGAGGCCGGCGCCGCCACUGGUACAGGCUUUUUUAUACUUACUGUUUGUAUCAAUAAAGUUUUUUAUAUGUUUUA